AUGAAGUUCACUGAAGGAAUGUGGUGUCUUCAGGAAGGUGUUAGCAUCGAGUGGAUGAGCAACGUGGAGAGGCUACGCAUCGAACAUGAGACCGUUCACCUGCUAUUAAACAAGCUUCAAAGACAUCGGGGCGAUGUUUUAAAUUCACCCACUGUCACGGCGCAAAUUACAUCGCCACAGGAGGGAAUCAUUGGAGUGAAGCUCGUGCAUUGGGCAGGUCAAAUUGACAAUGGCCCUCACUAUCAUCUCAACACCAGCACUGGUCAUGCCUCUGUCCGCCACGAUAAAGAGACGAAGAAACUCAAUUAUAAAAGCGGCCCCCUUGACCUAGACGUCAACACUGCCACUAAUGAACUGGGUUUCGUAUUCCGUUCUCCGGAUGGCAAGAAGUUGACCGGUCACUCAUGGCGCUCUAUUGGGUACGUUGCAGACCAGCGAAGCGAGAAGCAUCGCUAUGAAGACGGAAUCUAUGCCGAAAAGCAGGGAUAUAUGCUUGCAGAACUCGAUAUUGGCGUGGGAGAGAAAGUCUACGGCUUAGGCGAGCGCUUUGGCCCUUUCGUUAAAAAUGGCCAGCGAGUCGAUAUCUGGAACGAGGACGGUGGAACAAGCUCUGAGCUUGCAUACAAGAAUAUUCCUUUCUAUAUGUCUUCGAAAGGAUACGGUGUUUUUGUCAACCACUCUGGAAAGAUCAGUCUGGAAGUACAAUCAGAACGGACGACCCGAGUUAAUAUCUCCGUGCCAGGCGAAGAGAUGGAAUAUUUUAUUGUAUACGGUGACUCACCCAAGGACGUUUUACGCAGAUAUACGACUCUAACUGGUCGACCGGGACUCGUACCAUCGUGGAGUUAUAACCUCUGGUUGACUACAAGCUUUACAACCAACUAUGACGAGCAAACCGUUACAGGAUUCUUGGAUGGCUUCCGCGACAGAGAUAUCCCACUCGGUGUCUUCCACUUUGACUGCUUCUGGAUGAAGUCUUACCAAUGGUGUGAUUUUGAGUUUGAUGAAGAGAUGUUCCCAGAUGCCGGUGGAUAUCUCAAGAGGUUGAAGGACCGCGGGCUGCGUAUCAGCGUCUGGAUCAAUCCCUAUGUUGGUCAAGCAUCGCCUCUGUUUGAAGAGGGAAAGAAAAAUGGAUACUUUAUCAAGCGUACCGAUGGAUCCGUUUGGCAAUGGGAUUUCUGGCAGGCCGGCAUGGCCAUUGUUGACUUUACCAAUCCGGCUGCAUGCGUAUGGUAUAGCAGUUACCUCGAACGACUGAUGGAUAUGGGAGUCGAUAGCUUCAAGACCGACUUCGCUGAACGUAUACCAGUGAAGGGUAUCAAGUACUAUGACGGUGCCGAUCCAGAGCGCAUGCACAACUACUACGCCUUGUUAUACAACCGGAUCGUCUACGAGACACUCCACAAGCGGGUUGGACCCAAUCAGGGCCUUCUCUUCGCGCGCAGCACCGCACCUGGCGGACAAGCCUAUCCAGUCCACUGGGGCGGCGACUGCGAAAGCACCUUUGAGGCAAUGGCCGAGUCUCUCCGUGGCGGCCUGAGCCUCAUGCUUUGUGGGUAUAUCUUCUGGGCCUCCGACAUUGGCGGCUUCGAGGGAACCCCACCGCCAGCGCUAUACAAGCGAUGGGUGCAAUUUGGCCUGCUCUCGUCUCACUCGCGUCUCCACGGCUCAUCCUCGUUCCGUGUUCCUUGGAUUUACGGCGAAGACUGUUCAGCUGUUUUGCGGGACUGCGUGAAGCGCAAGAUUCUGCUCACGCCAUAUAUUCUGCAGGAAGCGCUGCGAGGACACCGAGAGGGGACGCCGCUGAUGCGCACCCUUUUCUUGGAAUUUCCCAGCGAUUUGAACACUUACGCCAUUGAUACGCAGUACAUGUUUGGGCCCAAUUUGCUGAUUGCUCCUGUCUUUUCAGAGGAUGGAGAGGUGACCUUCUAUGUGCCCAGAUCGGAAGAUGAUGGGACUGGGAAGUGGGUUUCAUGGUUUGAUCAUUCCAAGACGUACGAGGCUGGGCAAUGGUAUACUGAGACUCAUGACUUUGAUACCAUGCCCAUUUUGAUCCGGCCUGGCUCGGUGACGGUGACAAAUCCCACACUGAAGGUGCCUGAAGAUGAUGCAUUGUCCGGUAUACAAUUGUUGGUCAAUGGCCCCUUGUUGGCAGAAACUACAAUCGAAGUGGUGAAUUCGGGACAAACUGAUGAGGUUUUGAAGACACUACGGCUCUCUCCUGCUGGGAACGGGGAGGUCGAAGUAGAGGGACACUCGGUGGAAGUUGUUUAUGUUGGCUCGUAA